AUGGCGCGGAAACAGUUUCAACAGGCUAAAACUGGAAUAGAGGCCUUGAAGUCGAUGGAUGCCGACAAAUACCUUAAGAAGGUUGGACUAGGGCGUGGCGAUAUGUUCUUUUGGAAACAAGUUGGUGAUACAGAGGCCAUAGAGGAUUUUGUUGCAAAGGGAGGAAUGGUCGGCACAAGGAUUGGUCCUAAAGGGAUUGUUGAAUCCGAAGGUGAAGCUGAUAACUACCAGAAAGAAAUGGAGAAGAAAAUGUUUGACGAAGAGGCUCAGAUCAAUCUUUCAACAAAAUCACCAUUGUAUUGA